AUGGACACCAGGCGGAUGGACACCAGCCUGGAUGGACCCUGGUCCAGAUGGACACCAGGCGGAUGGACACCAGCCUGGAUGGAGGUGGAGAAACCCCCGCUGGGACCCGAACCACCAACUCUGCUAAAAACCUACAAAUGGCGAACGGCAGCACCCAUGGGUGACCGGGAACCCGAACGGGGCACGGGGUCCCCGGGCAGCCGGCGCUGGACCCGCUUGCAGGGCUGGAAACGUUCCUACAGCCAACCCGAGUCUGAUGGCCUCGAUGACGGGGCUGGAAAGGGCACCCAACCGGGGGCACCCAAGGCCAGCACCCGUCGGUCCCUCUUCCAACGGGCGUUUUCGGCCCCCUCCAAGGGGACCAAGGAGCCACGGGGACCCGAGGGUGGCAGGGCCACCCUGCAGAAGUACCUGCGCUCCAUGUCGAAGAGGAAGGGUCAUGUGGAGAGCGGUGCCAGGGCUGAGCAGGUGCUCCACGAUGCUGUUCCAGCGAGCACCCAUGGGACCUCAUCCAUCCCGCUGGCUCCAGCACCCGAUGCCCCAGUGUGGGACGUCUCCAACUUCUCGUUGGUGGACGGACAUCUGGUCCUUGUGAGCAGGGACGAGGAGAUCCGGCUGCGGAUGAGAGGAGCACCCGGGGUGCCGGGAGAAGCACCGAGAGCGAGAUCUCCCCCACCUAAGCAGCCAUCUCCUUACCCCACCCAGGGGUUGUUGUGGAAGAGGCUCCGGGAGAGGAAAGGUCGUGGUGUCCCCAAAACCGACACGUCAGCGGUGAUGGUCCCCGACGGCGAGAGGGUCCCCAGCCGGAGCGGUUCGCGGGAGUCGCUGCUGCCACCGCCCAGCGCGGCUGAGCUGGACCUCACCGGGGACAACGUCAUCGUCCGGCCCGUGCACGGCAGCAUCGUGGGCGAGAAGUUUUGCUUUCAGAUCAUCACGGGCGAGGGCAGCCGGUCCUUCGGCUGCACGUCCCUGGCCGAGCGCGACCGCUGGAUCGAGAACCUACGCCGGACCGUGCAGCCCAACAAGGUGGGAGUGCGGGGACACCCCUGGGACACCCCAAGGGACGGGAACCCCCAGCACCCUGGGAGGGGCCACCCGCUGCCCUCCUCACGGGACCUGCCACCUCGGCGUCGCCUCCGUUGUCACCUCCACCUGGACGGCACCCUCUUCGCCCGUACCACCGCCAAGGUGGCCGGUCCCGACGGCGAGCUCUUUUGGGGUGAACUCUUCCAGUUGGCCGCCCUACCACCCGCCCGUGCCCUCACCCUCGCCCUUUGCCGCGAUGACCACCCCGGUCAACCGGUGGCCUCCAUCACCGUCCCCUUGGCCGAGUUGGCGGCUGCCCGGCAGCCCUUGGAGCGCUGGUACCCGCUGAGCGGUCCUGGCGGAAGCGAGCGGGUGCCCUCGGUGAGGGUGCGCGGGCGCUACCGGGAGGUGCGGGUGCUGCCCAUCGUACGCUACAAGGAGUUGGCCGAGUUCAUCACCUUCCAUUACCGGGAGUUGUGCGCCCGUCUGGAGCCCACCAUCGCCGUGCGGCACAAGGAGGAGCUGGCCGGUGCUCUGGUCCGCGUCUUACAGAGCACCGGGAAGGCCAAGUCGUUCCUCAUCGACCUCGGUGUGGCCGAGCUGGACCGCUUCGAUGACCGCGAGGCGCUGAUCUUCCGUGAGAACCGCUGGCCACCAAGGCCAUCGAUGAGUGAGGCCGUGGCCCAGCUCUGCACCUCGGAUGAUAGCUGCGAGGUUGAUCCCAGCAAAUGCGCCGGCCUUGACCUCUCCGACAACCAGAACAACCUGCGGCAGGUCUGCGAGGAGACCUUCCAGCGCAUCGCCGCGUCCUGCGACGCCUUCCCGGCAGAGCUGGGCGAGAUCUUCGCGGCGUGGCAGGAGGAGUGCACGGCGCGGGGCAAGGCGCCCAUCGGGCAGCGCCUGGUCUCGGCCUCCCUCUUCCUGCGGUUCCUCUGCCCCGCCGUCAUGUCCCCCAGCCUCUUUGGCCUCGUCCAGGAGUACCCGAGCGAGGCCACCGCUCGUACCCUCACCCUCGUGGCCAAGGUCAUCCAGAACCUGGCCAACUUCACCACGUUUGGCGAGAAGGAGGCCUACAUGGGCUUCAUGAACGAGUUCUUGGAGCACAACUGGAGCACCAUGACGGCCUUCCUGCAGAGCGUGGCCAACCCCGAGAGCAGCGUCCACAUGGCCACCUACGACGGCUACGUGGAUCUGGCCCUGGAGCUCGCCACUCUCCACCUCCUGCUCUGUGACAUCUUCUCCAGCCUGGACCAGGUCACGCAGGAGGAGCUGGAGCCCCUGCCCACCAUCCUCACCGCCAUCAGGGAGGGGACCCCUGUCCCCGUCUCCGUCCGGCUGAGCUCCACCACAGAGCGAAGCCCGGCAGAGAGCUUCAAACCAGGCUUUGUGCCACCGCGGGACCUGAGCAAGCACAGCCCCCUCAUCAAGAGCCAGUCCCUCAUCAGCAUCCGCCGCGUCCGGGGCCGGGAGGAUGGACCAGGCGAGGCGGGGGUGGCGGCGGCACAGGGCGAGCUCUACGCCAUCCGCCCCUUGGAGAAGCACGGGCGGUUGAUCGAGGCGCUGCGGAAGGAGGUGGCGGAGAACCGGGAGAAGUUACGGCUGGCGGAGACGCGGGCGGGCGAAAUGGAGGCCCAGCACCGCGGGUUGCGGCAGGAGCAGGGUCAGCAGCGAGAGCAGCUCGAGCGUCUCCGGCAGCAGUUGGAGGAGACAAACGCCCGCGCGGCCAAUUUGGGUGCCAGGUUGACGGCGGCUGAAGGCACCAGGAAGAAAGACCUGGAGAGGCUGAAGAUCAGCGAGGAGAAGAACCGAGAGCUGGAGAGACGGCUGUCGGCACUGGAGAGGGAGCAGGCGGAGCUGCGGGGUGCCAUCGCCCAAGCCCUGGGCCACCCCGGGAGGACGGGACGCCGGAUGCCGGCGCGGGGUUGGGAUGAGAGCGGUGACGAUGCUCAGGCCACCAGCGUGUAA